UAAAAUUAAAAAAAACACUAUAGGAGGAGAGAUUAACAUGGAGGUGACGAAGAAGAGGAGUCGGAAUUCGGAGGAGGAAGGACAAGGCAAGAAAAGGAGAUGGAGUGAUGGAGAUUUAGAAGAGAAGAAGAAAAGCCUGGUGAAAAAGAAAACCAGUGAAGAUGGGGGCAGUAAAAGGAGAAGGAGAGAAAGGGAGCUGGAAGAGAUGAAGAAAAGCCCUAAAGAAAGGAAGACCAGUGGAGAUAGGAGCAAGAACAGAAGGGGUGAUGGUGAUUUGGAAGACAAGAAGAAAAGCCUGGUGAAAAAGAAGACCAGUGAAGAUGGGGGCAGGAGAAUGAGUGAAGGACAGAUAGAAGAGAGGAAAAGCUCCAUACAAAGGAAGAACUGUGGAGAUUGGAGCAAUAAUAGAAGGAGUGAAGGUGAGUUAGAAGAUCAGAAGAAAAGUCAAAUGAAAAAGAUCAGUGUAGAUGGGGGCAGUAAAAGGAGAAGGAGUGAAGGACAGGUAAAAGAAAAGGAGAAAAGCCCCAUGGAAAGGAAGACCAGUGAAGAUGGGAGAAAUAAAAGGAGAAGGAGUGGAGAUGAGUUGGAAGAAAAGAAGAAACACCCCAUGGAAAAGAAGACCCGUCAAGAUGGGAGCAAUAAAAGCAGAAGGAGUAAAUUAAAAGACAAGGAGAAAAGCCCCAUAGAGAAGAGUGAAAAGUUACAGUUAGAAGAAAAGAAAAGUCAGUUGGAAAAGACCAGUGAAGGAGUGAAUAAGGAUCAAAAAUCAAGAAGUCCAGAGGAUCCCUUAGAAGGUGGAAGCGCAGCGAAGAAACUCUGUGUGGAUAUCAGCAGACCUGUCCCCCUGGAUAUUAAGAACUACAGGUUUUAUUCAGAGCUGGGAAAAGGAGGCUUUGGCCGGGUGAUGUUGGCUUCGUUUACACCGAAGAAGCAACUGGUAGCAGUAAAGAUCAUGCAGAAAAGUCCAGACAAGAACAACUUCAACAUCAUGAUGAAGGGAGGCCCGAGUGCUCUGGAAUCCUUCUUCGUCCUGGAGUAUGCCAGCGGGAAAUCUUUAAUGCAAAUGAUCUUCGCAAAGGAAAUCUGCCAAUGGCAAGAAUCAUGUUCUACACAGCGGAGAUGGUGGUUGCUCUCCAGUUCCUGCACUCUAAGGGGCAUCAUUCAUCGUGACCUGAAACCUGACAAGUGUUGGUGGACAGAUACGGCCAUAUCAAGAUCUGCGACUUUGGCCUCGCCGCAGAGAAACAUCUUCGACCAGACAAGAACCAACGGACUUUUGGAGAUGGAUGAGAAUCAGCGGAUCGGUGUCAACGGAAACAUCAGGGAGCACGCUUUCUACAGCACAGUGAAGUGGAGAGCUGGAGAAACCGGAGAGUGA